AUGGAUAGUUGCUUUAAUUAUAGGAAGAGUGGUCUCAAGAUGAGAGAUUGUCAAUUGCUUGCUUCUAAGGGAAAGGAUGGUAAGUACACCCAGCCUAGUGGUUCUAGUUUGGGUGCUCCUCGUCAGAAUAGGUUCUAUGCACUUCAGACUCGUAAUAAGAAAGAGAAUGCUCAUUUGGAGUUUGUAGAAAAUUUAAAUGUUAAAGAGAAAGUUGUUGUUGGAAUGAUGUACUAUAUAACACUUGCGACAAUUAAUGUUGGAAAGAAGAAAAUAUAUGAGGCUAAGAUUUGGGUGAAAGAAUGGGAGGACUUCGAGAAAGUCGUAGAAUUCAAGCUUGUUGGCGAUGAUAGUGCAAAACUUGGGGGCAUUAUCAAUGUUUCAUUUCCAAACAACCCCGAGUUUCAAGAUCUUGCUUGUUUUGCUAUGCAGGAUUAUAAUAAGACACAUAAUGCUCAUUUAGAGUUUGUAGAAAAUUUGAACGUGAAAGAACAACUUGUUUCUGUAACACUUGCGGCAACUGAUGCUGGAAAUAAGAAAGAAUAUGAAGCUAAAAUUUGGGUGAAGGAAUGUGAGGACUUCAAGAAAGUCAUAGACUUCAAGCUUGUUAGUGAUAAUAGUGCAAAAAUUGGGGGCAUUAUCAAUGUUCUAUUACCAAACAACCCUCAGUUUCAAGAUCUUGCUCAUUUUGUUGUUCAGAAAUAUAAUAAGAACCAGAAUGCUCAUUUGGAGUUACUAGAAAAUUUGAAUGUGAAAGAACAACUUGUUUCUGGAAUGAUGUAUUAUAUAACAUUUGCAGCAACUGAUGCUGGAAAGAAAAAAAUAUAUGAAGCUAAGAUUUGGGUGAAGGAAUGGGAGGACUUCAAGAAAGUUGUUGAAUUCAAGCUUGUUGGUGAUGAUAGUGCAAAGCCUGGGGGCAUUAUCAAUAUUCCAUUCCAAACAACCCCGAAUUCCAAGAUCUUGCUCGUUUUGUUGUUCAAGAUUAUAAUAAGAAAGAGAAUGCUCAUUUGGAGUUUGUAGAAGUUUUGAAUGUGAAAGAACAAGUUGUAGUUGGAAUGAUGU